GAGCUUCACUGCCCAUCACCCCGUCUUUAACGCCUUUUCCCCUUCUUGUUCUUUUCCAUUGUUCUCGGUGCAUAUUGCUUGGGAGUUGGCGAACAAAUACAUGGGGAUGCUUUCGAAUCACAUGCAACCAUGACCGAUCUCAUCAAGACCGCCCGAGGUCUUGACCAGACGGGUCCUGGGGACGAUGGACAGAACCUGAAGCUUCUGUGGGACUGUCUGGCUGCAGCCUCGGAGGGCCAAUUCCACGCCGCCGAGGAGAGCAGCUUGCGAUGGCUGCUCAAGUCCAUGAACGGCUCAUCUGCGAGCGCAGAACUCCUGCGUCGCUACCCACUGACAUGGACCAUCCUCGACUGCGUGUUCCAGCGCAUUCCUCUCUACUCUCUCGCCAAGUCGCUAGCCGACAGAAAGUUCAUCGCCGUCGUGCAGCAGACGUUGAAGGACCUUUCAAAACCCGUCGUCGCAGCUGCCUCCGCGUCGAUGACGGGGCCGCCGCCGCCGCCGAAAAGGAAGCGGAGCCCGAGCAUCCGCUUCGACUUGGCAGAUCUGCAAUCUCACCAUGGCUGUAUGGAGACGUCUCAAGAGCUCUUCAAGACGCUCAGAGCGCUACUGCAGCGGCUCGAGACUACGGCUGAGGGCUUCUCCCGGGACAAGAUAGGGGCUGAGCACAUCAAGUCCCUGUUUGGCGCUUCGGCGGCUGAGGCUACGACAAUAGCCGCCCCGGCCCUGACGCUAUGCGGCCUUUUGUUGGGCUCCGAUGCCAACCGCGAUGUUGAAGGCGCCGAGGACUGGGUACAGACCAUCUCAUGGAUGUGGGACCUCCAUUUGCAAGGCCGCGACGAUGCGCUCGAGGUUGCGACCCGGCUGUUCAGGCCGUCCGCCAUCGUACUCGCCAAGGUCGGUGCAUUUUCGUCGACUGAGUCUGUUGACGUGCCCGACUCUCUGCGGACGCGGUGGACCAACGACCUCAAGACGUUGAUGCAGCGCAACUUCAUUCUCCCUGGUCGAGCUGCCUUUGUCAACCAAAAGUCGUUCGAGGCGUUUGCCAACGCUCUGGAGCUGUCCAAGGAUAUUGUCAACCUGUCUGGGCCUGCGUUGUACUUCCUGUGCUCCAGCAUUUCUAGCCACGCCGCCGAAGGCGAGCAGCGCAAGGGCAACGUCGAGUGGAUCCAGCACGUUUUCCAGGCCAUUGAGUUCAUCAUCAAGGCCCGCCAGGAUCGGAGCGCGCUGACGCAAGUAAUUCUGAGCCAGGCCACCCAGAACUCUGCCUCGGUCAGUGUCCACGACCUGCGCCGCGUGUGUCGUGAGUAUGGCCUGGGGGAGACCGAAACCGACUGGCCGUUGGUCGCCAAGGUGGCGACAUGCGAUCCAGACAUUUUUCAACUAUCUGAUGAAGGCGUGGAGCUGCGAAAGGAAGUAUGCAACAGAACGAUAGUUGCUACUGGCGACGGUGCGGACAGGACCGCUGUUUUAGAUGUCGUCAAGGCCAUUUGGGAUGGUUUCAAAACUCGGCGCGACCUCCCGAGCUUCUUGAGAUUAUGGUUUGAGCAACUAUGCGAAGCCGAGCGGCAGAAGCUCGACGAUGAAUCUCCAUGGUUCAGACUGGCACAACAGACGAUGCAGGCAGAGUCCAAUAGGUCGUGGAUGGAGACUGAACUGUCACCUUCACAGCUUGUUGGCUUGCUGUCAUGGCUUGAAACGCAAAACGCAAAGGCUCAGCCACGAUCGGUUUGCAUGUUCACAGCCAUGAUCGCCCAGGCCGUCAGGAGCGAGUCUUUCGUGGAUGCAGUGGGACGAAGGCUGUUCGACAUCAUCUCGCCCAUAAAGAGCUCGCCUGUCACGGCCCUCAGGUGGAGAGUGUCGGCCUGUGCGAUUUCAUGGGCAACGCCACAGGAGAGGUCUACGAUCUGGGAGUCUGUCAAGGAUCGGUUGGCAAAGAUUCUCAAGUCAUCGCCACUUGAUAGUCCAGAGACGUAUGAGGCGUUCAAGUGCUCAUACCAGGCUUGGGAUUCCAUGAGUCCCGAUGGCGAGCAUGUUGGCGAGCCUGCUUCUCUGAUGGAUAAAUUCACGCAACGCCUUGCCGACGAUACGACGGCACAGAAGGGGGCCACACUGUUCGACAUGGACGACGCGACAUCCUCACAGCUACAAACCGGGACGGCAUGCCAACCUUAUCUAGCUUGGUAUCUAUACGGCUCAAGCAGGUAUACGAAGUUGUAUGCAACGAAGAAGGGGGAGCUUCCUGCCCCAUUAGUCCGUGCUCUGUCAACACGAACGGCCGACAUUGAGGAGCUGCGCUCGCUAUGGACCGCGCUGACGCAAAACGAGAUCAACCUCAACGAUGCCAAACUUGCGAGAGAUGUCGUUGAUCAACUGACAGCGGGGCUGGACAAUUCGGAAAAGGAGAAGGGCUGGCUAGGGGUGGAGGCACAGCUCUGGAUCCGGACUCUCAUGGCUAUCCCACUCGACGUCUACAGCCGCGCCCAACGUGAGCGGCUCAUGGUGAUACUCGGUAAACGACGAGCAAAGAUGGUCAAGUCUCCAAAGAAAGUUUCUCUAGAUUCGUGGAGGCUUGUCUUGGGCCUAGCAACGAAGAUGGCUGGGCGCUCGACCUUUCACGAGGGAAUGAGCUUCAAGGACUUGGUGGAGUUCGCAGACGCCAUCUCCGGGUUAUCUCUUGACGAUCCCAACGACAGUGGAGCUGCUCUCGAGCUUGUUGAGCGAUUCGCGGCCAUGGCUUCUGCGACGAUAAGGCAGAUGGCGGAGAAUAUCGACGCACGAAGCUUGGCCUACUUCAAGGAUGCAGGCGGCUUCGUAUCAGACUGCGAAAAGUCGAUACGGAGAGAAGGUGCCGAGGGCAAAGGACCCUUGCUCACCACGUUGCUAAAGGCCCUGGUGACGGAGCUUAAGCGAUCGCCCAACUGCCAAAAUCACGAGAAACUCGGCCCGCUGGCUGACCAGGCAAAGGGUGCCUUGGGUAAAUACGUUAUGGCUGCCGUCAAUGCCGUCGCUUCCGACAAGAACCCCCUGACCGGUCACGACACCGUGGGUGAUUUGAGGCUCCACUCCGCCAUUGAAGCUGCGAAGGCCGCUGGAGACUUGGCGAGCUUAGCUGGUGACAUCAAGUCUUCUCAAUUACGCAGGCUUGAGAAACAAUGCAAAAUCGCCAUGCAACAGGGAGAUCUACGGGGGUGGAAGCUGCAGAUCUUCACCCAGACGUAUCUGUCAGCUCAUGCGGAGGGAGGCCUUCCAACGACGUAUCAUGGCCUGGACAACCUGCCCUCCCAGCUUCGGGUGCCGCUCUUGAGAGAACUAGUCACCGGCGUUACGAACCACAUGAGCAACUCUGCUCGGUUCGACUAUCUCAAGGAGCUGCUCGAUAAGUUUGAAUUGGGCUGCGACACAGACGGUCAGAUCCUCGCCAUCGAGACCGUCGUUGACCAGCUUAUGGACACACCCAACGUACACACCAACGGCGGGUUCAGCUUGGCGGCGGCACAUAGUCAGUUGGCUGUCUGCCUCACCAAGUCGACUGCCAACGCCUCCCACGUCUGCCGUGUGCUUCGUACCUUGCUGGAGAAGAGGCCGCACGCUAUGACACAGUGGAACAUCGAGCUGACCUUGACCAUCGCGUGCGAUCUGACCUCACCCACGUCCAGCCAGUCGCACGUUUCGUUCUCGUGGCUAUGCAAACUGGUUGAAGUGAUUAUCAAGAAGCACCGGCUGCGUCUCGAGGGCCACUAUCACCUGCUCCUUAGCGCCCUCCAAGCCCUCAUGAAGGCCCUCGUAACCAAGGGGCCCCACGGCACUGCUACUAGCGAGGUAUCGGAGGAGACAAACGCCCAUCUCUAUGCCCGACUCAUCACCCUCAUCUGCGAACCCACCGCGGGGGCUGUUUCCCGCUCACAGCUCCACAGCGCACUCGACUCCGCGACGGAUGCGGCGAAGCGGUCCGCCGGCCGGCACAUGUACAUGCUGUUGAUGCAGUACGUAAAGCUGCAGCUCGAGGAGAACGUGCCCGGGGCCGUCAGGGAGGCGUUGGAGCCCGCUAUGAACUCCAUCUUUGAUAUCACGACGCCCGAGGGUAGGAAGAUCCUCAACGAUGCCAUGGACGCCAGCGGGAGGGCAAUCCUGCGAGAAAUGUACAAGCGAUAUGUCAGGUUUGGCAAGUGGAGCGGCGUAUAGACAGGCAGAUCGCUGCAUUGUAGUAAUCAUUAGGGUAUCUAGAUACGGCUAGUAUAUACUCUGGCGCCUAAUUUUACAGAUGAAG